GCAGCUCACAGAUAAACUUCAGUCUGCAAGCAAAGAACAUGGAGUACGGUUGUUAAAUGAAAAACGGAACGAAUAAAUUUACGGUCGCAUAAUUUUAAGAAUACUUGUUAUUAAUUAAAAAAAAAAACAAAGUGUAGUGUUUUCUUACAAUCAAAAUAAUAAACAAAAAAACACAAACAAUUGAUAGUUAAGAAAUGAAUGAAACAUAAUUCCAACAAAAUAGUUGAAAAGAAAAUUAUUCGUCUGAUGGUGAAGAAAAAGUGAAGUUGUGAAAAAAUUUAUUGAAACACAGGAGAUCUCAAAAAGGGUCCCAUUAAAGAAAAAAAGUGUGAUAGAGAAAGAAAAAAGGAAAGCAAUAACAACAAAAUAUUUGUAAAACAAAAAGCGUGCAGACAAGAAAAUGAAUAAAGGAAUGACAAAGAAAAAUAUUGGCAAAAUAUAAAAUAAACAAAAAUGAAGUGAUUGUUUGAAGAAAAAAGCUUAAUAAGUCCUAUUGCUGCCAGCAAUACAACAACAAUAAUAACAGAUAAAAGAAGAAUUUGUAAAUCUUCAGCAAAAAAAACAUAAUUUUUAAAAAUUUUUUAAGAAAUUCACAAUAAUAAGCUAUCGUGUGUUUACUAGUGUGUGUGUGCGUAUAAGAAAAACGGAGUAAAAGAGGGUGUGUGUGUAAAAAAAGAGAGUUUUUUGCACUUCCUGUUUACACGUUUAUUUAGUUUUUACAUUUUCCCCCUACCGUCCUUUACAAUAACUUAAAUCUCUGUUUCUAUUACAACUGCCGCAACUACCCUCUCUCUCUUUUCAAGUAACGGUAGUUUAACUGUCAAAUAUUACUUAGAAUAAAUACAAAUAAAGCAAAAUAAAGAAAAUUGUCAGUGUUUUUCAAUAAAAUAAAAAAAAAUAAAUUAUUAAAUUAAAUGUUAAGUUAAUCAUUAUCAACAAAGUGCAUAAUUUACUAAAACAAAAUUUAUUACAACAUUUUUACGCAGAAAACACCAAACAUGAUUUCCUAAACCUCUUUCAAACGCGCCUGUCAGUCUGUGUAUAGUUUCCACUUACACUUUGCUGUUUUCUUUUAUGGAAUUUUCUUAAUGCUCAUUAUGGAUUAUAAAACUACUACUAAGUCUACCACCCACCGGCUGUCCCGACAUUCCUAUACUACGUCUACAAUAUCAACAAUUUUUACGCCAAUGAAGCCGGCAUUUUGCACUAUGUUCCUGGGAAAAUGUUUUUUGUUUUUAUUAUUGAUCAAUUUGUCAACGGUGGAUUUUGUACAAGCAAGUCAAGCUCUCUCCUUUACCACAGAGCCACAAGAUGUAGUGGUACCCGAAGGUCAUUCGGUUUUACUACAAUGUGCUGGCACAGCUGUUAUGGGAAAAAAUCAAAAAAUUUCACCCAAUAUUAGAUGGCGUGGACCGGAUGGUCAAGAUUUGGGUAUUGUGGGUGAUACAUUCCGUAAUCAACUUAAAAACGGUUCCCUAUAUAUCAGUUCUGUUGAAGAGAAUCGUGGUUUGACGGGUUCAUAUCAAUGUCUUUUAUAUGUAGAUGGUAUUGGUACCAUAGUCAGUCGUUCGGCGGUGGUAUCUAUAGCACGUCUACCCGAUUUAAAUCAAGAUUUUAUUGAAACUUAUCUUUUACCGGGACAAACUGCUUACUUUCGUUGCAUGAUUGGUCAACUGCAGCAGGGUAUGAAACAUAUAGUUCAAUGGAUUAAGGAUGAUAUGCCCAUGCAAUUGGAUAAAUUGCGAAUGGUAGUGCUACCAAAUGGUGCUUUAGAAAUUGAUGAAGUUAAUUUCAGUGAUCGUGGUGUCUAUUAUUGUAAUGUUACCUCUGGUUCCAUAUCACGUUUAAGUAGUAAAACUAAUUUGAAUAUAAAGAAAUUAUCUGAAACGGGUGAGAGUGCUACAGCACCAGCAUUUCUAGUGGGGCCCUCACCGCAGACCGUUAAGGAAGGUGAUGUUGUUACCUUGGACUGUGUGGCGAAUGGUGUACCUAAGCCUCAAAUAAAAUGGCUGCGUAAUGGCGAGGAAUUGGAUUUAAGUGAUCUUGAUUCUAGAUUUUCCAUCAUUGGCACAGGAUCUUUACAAAUUUCUUCUGCCGAAGAUAUAGACUCGGGUAACUAUCAAUGUCGUGCCUCUAACACGGUCGAUUCUUUGGAUGCUCAAGCCACAGUUCAGGUUCAAGUUCCGCCUAAAUUUAUACAAAGUCCUAAAGAUAAAACUGCUUUCGAAAAAGAAGAAUUAGAACUGGAAUGUGCUAUACGGGGUAAACCUAAACCUUUGAUAAAAUGGUUGAAAAAUGGUGACUUCAUAACGCCCAAUGAUUAUAUGCAAUUGGUGGGAGGUCAUAAUUUACGCAUAUUGGGUUUGCUGCAAUCCGAUGCUGGCAUGUUUCAAUGUGUCGGCACUAAUCCGGCGGGCAGUGUUCAGGCGGCCGCACGUUUAAGAAUCGUACAACCAGGCAAAUUGAAAAACUCUCGUAAAUCCCAAUCACAAACCACUAAAUCUCUAUACCUAGACCAUUUACCGCCAAAUAUGAAAAAACGUAAAAAUAAAUUCAAUUCCGGUGAAGUACGCUUCAAAUCCGGUGACUCUAUGGAGACUACACGUAUCAUAUCGAAAAGUGCCUUAGAUAGUUUAUUAUCGCAAAAGGGCAAUAAGAAACUAUCAAAAUUACCCGAACAACCUUUAAACGAUCGUCAUUAUGGUGAUUUAUCAUCAUCAUCAUUUAACGAUGAACAAGAUGAUGUAGACAUGUCAAGGGAAUUACCCACUAGUAUACAUGAGUACGACAAGACCAAUACGAAACAUGACCAUAAUGAUGAUGACGAGGACGAUAACGAUGACUAUGAUGAUCCUACGGCUAAUGAGGAAUACAUUAAGGCCUAUAAACAUGGUGAUGAUCCCAAUAAGAUUCUUAAUUACUGGACAAAUAAGAAAAAACUUAAUCCUUCUGCUACUUUAACCACCAAUUUACCACAACAACACACCUCCUCCCAUUCAUCUGCAGUUCUAGAUAUAGGCGAAAAUGGUGCUUCUCACACCAUCGUUGGCUCAUCGGGACUUUUGGGUUCUGGUCUUAUAAAUCGUCUGCCCGGACCUCCACGUGAUCUGGUGGCGCAAAUUGUUAAGCCUCGUUUUGUUACGCUCAGUUGGAUGGAACCGAUUAAAAAUCCCGUCGAAGUUGUCUCCUAUACGGUCUACUAUAAAAUGAAUAAUAGUGAAAGAGAACUGAAACUGGUUACUAAAUCUCAUGAUGAUCAACAAGUGAACAUACAAAAUCUUUUACCCGGACGCACUUAUCAAUUUCGUGUAGUGGCCAAUACAAAUUUUGGUCCGGGAGAAUCAUCUGAGCCCCUCGAUGUCCUGACACAGCCUGAAGAAAACAUUGCGGGACCACCACGUAAUGUUGAAGGUUAUGCCCGUAAUCACAAGGAAAUCUAUGUUAAAUGGGAGGAACCUAUUGUUACCAAUGGUGAAAUCUUAAAAUAUCGUCUCUAUUAUGCUGAAGGUGAUACUGGGGCCGAAAUGUAUUAUGAUAGCACCGUUUUAGAUGCGGUCCUAACCGAAUUAAGACCCUUUACCGAAUACACAAUAACAGUGGUGCCAUUUAAUAAGAAUGGCAUGGGAGAUCCUUCAAAUGAAAUAAAAGUGAAGACAUUUUCCUCAACACCCUCGGAACCACCAAAUAAUGUUACUUUAGAGGUAACCAGCUCCACUUCUAUCACCAUACACUGGGAACCGCCUUCGGAAGAGGAACGUAAUGGCCAAAUUACAGGCUAUAAAAUACGUUAUCGUAAACUUAAAGAUGCUCCACAAGUUAAAAGUACUCCCGCCAAUAUACGUUACUACGAGCUAAAUGGUCUGGAUCGUAACUCUGAAUAUCAAGUGAAAAUUGCUGCCAUGACUGUUAAUGGUUCGGGUCCCUUUACCGAAUGGUAUCGUGUUAUGACUUUGGAAAAUGAUUUAGAUGAAACUCAAGUACCGGGAAAACCAGUAUGGAUGGGCAUUCAUCCGGGAGCCGAUACUAUAGCCUUACAUUGGGGACCUCCUCAACAGCAUGAAAUUAAAAUACGUAGUUAUGUUUUAGGCUGGGGACGUGGUAUACCCGAUGAAAAUGCUGUCGAAGUCAAGGAGUCAGAAAGAUAUUUUAUUUUAAAAGAUCUAGAACCGAACACCGAAUAUGUGGUCUCUUUAAGAGCACGCAAUAUGCAAGGUGAUGGACCUCCCAUAUAUGACAAUAUCAAGACACGCGAUGAAGAUCCUAUAGAUAUACCCACACCUUUAGAGGUGCCGGUAGGGCUAAGAGCCAUUACCAUGUCUAGUUCUUCGAUAGUGGUGUAUUGGAUUGAUACGACCUUAAGUAAAAAUCAACAUGUUACCGAUAAUCGACAUUAUAUAGUGCGCUAUGGCAUAUCACCCUCUUCACGUUAUCGUUAUCACAAUACAACCGAUUUAAAUACCAUGAUAACCGAUCUGCGUCCAAAUACACAAUAUGAAUUUUCCGUUAAAGUGGUUAAGGGACGCCGUGAAUCGGCCUGGUCUAUGGCAGUCUUAAAUACCACCUAUCAGAAUAUACCCAUAACACCACCGCGGGAGUUAAAUGUCCAACCUGAUGAACAAAAUCCCCAAAAUGUUAUACUCCACUGGCUGCCACCCAAACACACUGUUUAUCCCAUAUCGGGUUAUAAUAUAUACUAUACCACAGACACCACUAAACGGGAUCGCGAUUGGAAUAUACAAACCUUUAGUGGUGAUGAAACAUCAUUUAUACUGCCCAAUCUCAAGCCACACACCACCUACUACUUUAAAGUGCAAGCGAGAACACAAAAAAUAGGUACUGCCUCCGGUGGUGGUGCUAAUACAGCGCCGUUUUCCGCUUUGGUGGCCUAUACCACAGGAGCUGCUGUUAUCGAACAGAAACCAACCGCUAUAGGUAAAGGCAUCAAUAACGAAAUGAUACUCUAUAUGGUCAUAUUCGGUUUUGCUUUGGUGCUGUUCGUUGUCGUCGCAGUUAUCGUUAUAAUGUGCCGCCGUAAACCCCAAUCAACACCAGAGCAUACUAAGAAAAGUCUCCCAUCUUCGAACAGCUAUCAGAAGAAUAAUGUGGGUGUGCCAAAACCACCGGAUCUAUGGAUACAUCAUGAUCAAAUGGAAUUGAAAAAUAUCGAUAAAACGAUGCAUGGUUCAACGCCAGCAGGUUGUAGUGAUGGUGCUUCCAGUAGUGGUGCCUUAACUUUGCCUCGAUCGGUGGGUCAUGAUUAUGAUGUCGAAACUCCAGUGCCUAAUCAUAUUACAAAUUCAUUGGAUAAACGCUCCUAUGUGCCUGGCUAUAUGACAACCUCCUUAAACUCAACCAUGGAACGACCACAAUAUCCAAGAACACAAUACAACAUAUCGGCAAAUAGAUCUCACAUGAAUGUCGAUACUGGUCUAUCACAACAGAGUCUGUCACAGCCACAAAAUAAUUCACUAGCACAAACGCCUGAACAUCCAUAUGGAGGUUACGAUGCAAAUUUCUGCAAUUCCACUUAUGCUGGUGCUACAGCUGCGCCCGGUUCGAUAGCAGGUGGUGGCGGUUCAGUUGCUGCUAGCAAUGGCGGUGUUUCAACCAUAGAAAGUACUAAACGAGGACAUCCACUGAAAAGUUUUAGUGUGCCAGGACCACCACCAACCGGUGGACAAACACCCAUAAACAAACACACACCUGCCGUCACAAUACGUCCACAAAAUCAAUCACCCUACAAGAAACCAUCAUUCUCUGCAGCCACACCGAAUCGUUUACAGGGUGGUCCCUCGGUGGCACAUAGCACUGAUGAAAUACAAAGACUGGCACCGAGCACCUCAACGGAGGAGCUCAAUCAAGAAAUGGCCAAUUUAGAGGGUCUCAUGAAGGAUUUGAGUGCAAUAACAGCGAAUGAAUUUGAAUGUUAACAUUAGCAGAAAACCAUUAAAUUACCAUUAUUUUUAACGAAUAAAAUCAUAGCUGCCAUAACGCCAACAACAACGACUCUAACGAUUAAAGCUAAAGAAUUGCGAAGAAAUAAUAUCAAUACGAAUAAGAAAACAACAAUAACAACAACAACAACAACAACAACAACGAAGAUGGAAGAUGUCAGUAGAAUGAAUAAGUCUGGCAAUAAAGAUAAAGAUUUGCAGGGUGGUAAUACAUUGACUACGAAAUUUUAAAAAGAUUUUAAUGAACAAUUAAUUGUUUUUCGGGUUAAAUAUUUAGUAAGUGUUUAGUAAGUAUUUAGCAAGUUUUUGAGUAAAUAAAGGAUUUUGUAUAAAUUUUUAUUUGUUUUAUGAUAAGUUUUCGUACAAUUUCCAAAGUUAUUACUAUGUAAUAUAAAGUUUAAAUGAAUUUUAACGAAAUCUUAUUCAUAAGAUGAAUUUGAUUAUUUUU